AUGAAGGACUUGACUGCUGACAAUAUCACGGAGAAUGCAAUCGUUCGCCAUUUACAUGACUUUGCUCGCGAGACAAGGUUGAGUAUGGCAGAAUGGGAAUAUGCAGUGGACUUCCUAGCUGCAUGUGGCCAGAAAUGCUCUCCUACACGGCAGUUUGUUCUUUUGUCCGAUGUCAUUGGCCUCUCGCUUCUGGUUGACUCUAUUGAUCAUCCCAAGCCUGAAGGUGCAACUGAAGGCACAGUGCUCGGCCCAUUUCAUACCCACGAUGCGCAUCACAUGUCUAAUGGAGAUGACAUUGGAACUGACCCGGAUGGCAUCCCCAUGUUAGUCCACUGUUUCUACGACGUGCAGUAUAGCAACCGAGAAAACCCACAUGGUCGCGCAGUGUUGAAAACUGAUGCGAACGGUCAAGUCUGGUUCAAGGCUAUUGUGCCUGUUGCAUACCCUGUUCCAACAGAUGGCCCUGUUGGCGAUUUUCUGAGGGCCAUGGGCCGCCAUCCAUACCGACCGGCCCACGUUCACUUCAUGUUUGACAAGCCAGGAUAUGAUCACCUUAUUACAGCUCUUACAAUACGGGGCGAUCGAUUUGAGUCGCAUGACCCCGUCUUUGGAGUUAAGAAGUCGUUGAUCGUCGAUAUUAACGAGGUCAAUUCCGAACUAAUGGCGAAAAAGUGCGGUAUCCCAUUGGGUAUGAAGCUAUUGGAGCAUGAAUUCGUUGUAGUAACGAAUAUUGAAGCCACUAAACUUCGAAGAGAAAAAGCGCAAGAAAUUAUGGGACGCGGAAGUAGAAAGGUGGAAUUUUAUAAUGAUUUGCCGUUUUUGGCACUUGAUUAAGGCGUAUUAGCU